AUCAAACAGACAUAUCAAAGUAAUUAAUGGUCCAACGUCAGAAAACUUAGUAAAUAUUGAUAAAAAUACAUUUUUCCUAAUUUAUUGCAAAAAGAAAGGGGCUUAUAAUUCAACUUUUCAUUCUAUUUUUUUCUUCAGUUGAACAAGUGAUUGUGUUUCAUUGUUUGCUAUACUUUGUAGUUUAAAAUACCGUAACUCUUUGACAAGUAAGAGUUAGUCAUGUAUUUUACAUAAUUAUCCACAUUAGUUAUUCAAUGAAUAAUUUUGUUGUUGAUUACUGAAGAUGUCAACUUGGAGAUGGACGAUCCUUUAGAAAUUUCAUCAAAGGAUGUCGUUAGUGAAGCCGGAUCUAUGUCAGAGGGAUUAUGAUGCUACACAAGAUUCACAGGCAGUGGAAUUUGGAGAAGGGAACACAUUCAGUUAUGAAAGUUUAAAGUCUAAAUCUAGCAAUCCAGUUACUGGAAUCAAUUACAAAAGAAGAGAGAUCUAUCUGUCUGAUGAGGAGUUCCAAACAGUGUUUGGAAUGACAAAAGAAUUAUUCUAUCAACAACCAAAGUGGAAACAAGACCUUCAGAAAAAGAAUGCUGAUCUUUUUUGAGCAUGUUUAUCAGGUAAAAGGAUUUUUUUUUCCUUGGUGUUUCUUCUAAAAUAUAAUUACCACACCAUGUUUUCUCUUAUUCAGGUUAACAUAUGUUUUGAGUGUGA